AUGGCUACCUCAGACACGAGCUCUACUGCCACAUCCCCGACGAAUGCCGCCGUCGUCACCGGGCCUGUCGUCACCACCGAAAACAGCACCUUUUCGAGGCUUGGCCAUGCGCUUUCCCUAGUUCAGCAGAUCGAGGCGCUUGGGGAGGACCCUCCAGCGUCAAUCGUCCCCGAGCAAUGGCCUGUUGUGACCUGCAAGAAGGGCCUCAAGUACGUACCUGAAAACUGGCUAGAUAAGCGGCAAGACAGGCGCUCUUGGGUGUGGAAAUACGGCUUUUGCGUUGCCCUUGUCGUCGAUCCAACUGUCAAGAUGAAGGCGAAAAGCUUCCAUUUCGUCUGCAAGCGAUGUAGUGCAACGUUCAACGCUCAAUCGACUUCGGCCGCACGAAGUCAUCUCGAAGAACAACACCGUAUUUUUGACGAUAAACCUCACUCGAAUUCGAACGACCCCCAAGCUACAACAUCAAGAAAACGAGCUGCAACCAACCACAGUAUUAGCGAGAUGUUGAGCCGCAACAAGAACAAAAAGUCGACGGCCGUGGUUCCAAGAACCCAAGGGGAGCGCUUUCGUUACCUCCUUGUUUGUUGGAUGGCUACGGCAAACAUUCCGUUCGCCGCGGUGGAAAACAAGUAUUACCGUCAAAUACUACAGCUCUUCAACGCUCCAUUAACUGACGCCCUUCUUCCAAAAGGGGGGGAUACAACAAGAAGCUGGCUCACAAGUAUGUAUCACGAUCUUCUUGAUUCAAUCAAGAUUAAGCUCAAGGCUUCUCCACAUCAGAAACAUCUCUCUUUCGAUCUGUGGACCUCCUCUCAUGGCCUUGCGCUACUCGCAGUCGUUGUUCAUUACUUUGAGAGCUCUGGAAAUUAUCAAACACACCUCCUGACUCUGUCACGGAUUACGGGGACUCAUGCUGGCGAGAACAUUGCACCUGGUGUUCUAGACGUCAUCAAGACGUUUGACCUACAGCCCUGCCUUGGAUAUUUCCAAACCGACAAUGCAGAUAACAACGAUACGGCAAUGACAAAGGUCCUUUUACACCUCAAUCCAACGCUUUCCCCUGCGCAAGCCAUCGCCCUCAAAUGCAAGGUCCGGGUCCGUUGUUUCGGGCACAUAUUGAACCUUGUUGCUAAGGCCUUCCUUCAAGCAACCAACAAGAAGCUCAUCAAGUCCCUGGCACCGGAAUCCCUGGCACACCACAACGCAGCGGAAGAGGGAAGGCUUCUUCAGGAAUGGCGCAAGUCUGGCCCUAUUGGAAAGCUCCACUUCCUGGUUCAUCACAUUCGCCGCAGUCCUCAACGCCGGGAUCUGUUUUCGGAUAUCGCUAAGGGCAAAUAUGCCAGAACAGCCAGUCAACAUCACGAUUUCCAUGGGGGUCCCUGGGUUGGUAUACGGCCACCGUCGCCGGCCCUGGGAAACUCUCUCAAUCCCGGUCGGAUGCAGUCGCUUUCGUCAGACCCAGACCCAGAUAUUGAACCCCCAAGUCAACGUGUUGAGCCUCCAAGUCAACGGCGGUCUGGGCGAACAAUCCGGCCUCCAGCUCACUUGGACGACUUUGAAGUUGACCUCCCAGCACUUGGAUAUCGGCCCUCUACCACAGAGCCCCACCCAGCGCCAUCGCCACGCCCUCAACAGCGCGUUGUUCAACUUGGGGAGGUAAUUGACGAUGAAGUUGAUGAUACUGGGUAUGCCUUUAUCCAAAAGAGUCUCAAACUUGCCAUUGAGAAGCUGGAAAAGUAUCUGGCGAUCAUGGACGCCACCCCAGCUUAUUGGGCGGCAAUGAUACUACUUCCGAACUGUAAGAUGCGGUGGAUCGAGCGUUUUUUUACAGAUGAUCCGCUUAAGUCGUCCGACAUUCAAGCCCGGUUCCGGGUUUUCUUUGACCACAAUUAUCCUCGACCGGCUCCGGAUUCAUCAAACGGGUCCCGGGACCGACCUUCACAUCGCCCGGCGUUUGGGUAUGACUUCUAUGACCCUCCGGAUCGCGUAUCCGUUGAUGAGAUAGCUAGAGCAGGAGGAACGCCAGGGAGUGGUGUGACUGUUGGGGAGACCUUUUGGGGGCUGAGCGGAACGGAUCAGCUGCUUCCGGGGGGGCCGAAAGCGGUCAGCGCGGACGACGACGACGACCUGGAUUGGAUGAAUGACCCGGAAAAGGUGGAAUACAUUCAACAACUGCUAGAAUCCCUCUUCGAGGCCCGAUACAUUGUUAACUGCUAUAACAUCGCUAUUGCCAUCGUCAUCCUCGUGUUUACCGUGUGGCACUGGCACGCGACCAGGAGCGAUAAUCGGAAAUGGCAAUUGUUGAGGCAACGGUCAGCGGCUGACAGAGCUGACGGCGCAGCUUCCCCUUCCGCUGCGUCGUCGUCAAGCAGCACAGUGGCCGGGGCAGCAAUACCACCUACGGAUGCCAAAGACAUCGAUAUCGAGCGGGUUCCUCUCUUGGCGCGUGACAGAGCAUCAAGGCCACGAAAAGGGAACCAAACCAGCAAAGCAAUCAAAUCCUGGCUUGCGUAUCAACCGCAGCCCCUGUCCAUCAUCAACAGGACCCUCCCGUGCAACGGGACGUCCCUAUUCAUCUUGGCCUGGCUGGGCCUGAACGUCUUCUUCCACUUCUACCGCCUCCCGAUGCGCUGGGAUUUCUUCUUCAUCUUUGCCGACCGCACCGGCUGCGUCUUCGCCGUCAACCUGCCGCUGCUUUACCUCCUCAGCGCCAAGAACCAACCCCUCUGCCGUCUCACAGGCUACUCCUACGAAGCCCUCAACAUCUUCCACCGGCGGGUGGGCGAGUUGCUCUGUUUCGAAGCCGCCAUGCACUUUGUCAGCAUGAUCCUCUGGCAGUUUCUGCUCGCGCGCGAGUGGCUGAUUGCCUCACGGUCCGCCCUCACCUAUUUUACGCAUCCCAUCAUCCUUUGCGGCAUCGGCGCGCUGGUCUCGUACGAGGCCCUCUACUUCACCUCGCUCGCCUCCUUUCGGCAGCGGUGGUAUGAGCUGUUCCUCGCGUCGCACGUCGUCCUCCAGAUCGCUGCGCUCGCCUUCCUCUGGUUCCACUACGAAACCAGCCAGCCCUUCGUCGCGGCCUCCCUGCUCAUCUUCCUCGCCGACCGCCUCGUAUGGCGGCUGACGCUCAAACGCACCACCCUCACCGCGGACUUGCACAUCCUCGACAACGACACCCUGACCCUCUCCGCCAACUGGGCCAUCCCCCAUCCCCCACCCCAGCCAUGGUGGCCGCGCGUACCGUGGGGACAUGGAAGCCAACAAUCCAUCCUCCACGGCUGGCGCCCCACCGACCACGUCUUCCUCACCAUCCCCCACCUCCCCAGCAGCAACACCUUGACCUGGCCACACGCCCUCCAAGCCCACCCCUUCACCAUCGCCUCCGCCGCCCCCCAAACAUUCCCCCACCCCUCCCCAUCCUCAACCAACCGCCCCCCACGCCUGGCUAACCCUCCUCAUCCGCGCCCACACCGGCUUCACCCGCGACCUGCUCCGCCACGCCCAGCAAGGCAGUUGCCCGUCCCGCGUGGCGGUGCGGCUGGACGGGCCGUAUGGCUCGCCCCACGCGCUGGGCAUGCUGCGGGGGUCGGGGUGCGCGGUGCUGGUGGCGGGGGGGAGCGGGAUUGCGGUGGUGUGGGGGUUGGUUUGGGCGCUGCUUUUUGA